CUCGCCGGGCCGGCCCACUCCGCAGCCCCGUCACCGUGAGGAUCGCCCGGCCCGACGCCGGCCUGACCCGCUCCCCAGCCCUGGAGCAGCUGGUCUCGCGCAUGGCCUUCCCAGCCAACAGCAGCCUGGACCCAUGUGCAAAAGAGACUGUGCUGAAUGCCAUCAAGGAGAGCAGGAAGAGGGCUGUGGAGCAGGAGGAGGAGGAGGAGCAGACUUUUGGGAACGAUCAGGAGAGCAAGAGAAGGCGCCACGAUAGCAGUGGAAGUGGGCAGUCAGCGUUUGAGCCGCUGGUAGCCAACGGUGCCCCUGCCUCUCUCAUACCCAAGCCUGGCUCUCUGAAGAGGGGCCUUGUCUCGUACUACCUGGAUGACUGCUCAAACAAGAGGUCACGCACCUCUUCCAUGAGUUCUCUCAACAAUACAUAUGCUGGCGGGAUCCCCAGCUCCAUCCGCAAUGCCAUCGCCAGCUCCUACAGCUCCAGCCGGGGCCUCUCACAGCUGUGGAAGAGAAGUGGUGUGAGUGUGUCCCCACUGUCCAGCCCAGCGUCCUCCCGCUCCCAGACACCAGAGUGGCCUCUCAAGAAAGCCAGGGAAGAGGAGUUGCAUCGCUCCAACACUUCCACUCCAGUGAAAUCGGACAAGGAGCUGCAGACAGAGAAAGUGGUGGAGACGCCGGUGCGGAAGAAGCAGAAUUCCCUGAGCCCACCGUCCAUGUCGGGGAGCAGCGGGAAGCGCAAGCGAAAGAUCCAGUUGCUGUCGUCUCGCCGGGGGGACCAGCUGGCGCUGCCCCCACCACCUCAGCUGGGCUACUCCAUCACAUCGGAGGACCUGGAUGCAGAGAAGGCGGCAGCGUUGCAGUGGUUCAACAAAGUCUUGGAGGAUAAGGCUGACGCGGAGCCCAGCACCACUGCAGAGACUACGCCUGUGUCCAGGCCACUGGCGUUCACCAUGACAUCCCCGGGGCCUGUGCCUGCCUCGACAGCUUCUGCCCCGGCCAGCACCAACUCACUCCUGGACAGCCUGAAGAAGAUGCAGAGCAGCCAGGCUGUGCCUGCCCCAGCAGACUCCACUGGAGCUGCGGUAGCAUCCCAGCUGCCUUCAUCAGCUGCACAGCCGCCUGCUCCUGCUGUAUCACUAGAGUCGAGUUCUCUGCCUGCCACUUCUGCUGACACCAAGCCUGUGCCCGUGUUGAGCACGCCUGCCCCUACUGCCCCUGCUGCCUUGGGGGUGCAGGCCCCCAGCAGUCUGGCACCUCCUGCGUUGACAGAGCUGGGCCAGACCCCCAGCAAACCUCCCUCCAUCCCAAAGCCAAGCAUCCUUUUUGGGAUGCUGAACACCCCACCUGCCAGCCAGGCAGCAACGACUGCAGCUGCUGCUGUGCCCACCAUUACCACUGCUGUGUCCACCACGACCCCUGUCUUCAAACCCAUCUUUGGUGCUUUGCCGAAAAGCGAGAGCACAGCACCCUGUACGGCUGUCAUCUCCACCACAGUCACCGUGUCUGCAAACUCAGGCCCUUCCUCAACAUCCUCCACCACCACCAUGUUCAAGCCUAUCUUCGGCAGCGUCACCACAGCUUCAUCUCCAGCACAGGCCUCUCCCUUUGCCUUCAAACCAACGUCACAGCCGGCCUCAGCAGCAAAUCUGCCAGCAGCCUCCACGACUACCCUGGCAGGAUUCACAGGUCUCCCUAACGUCAUCUUCACCACCGCAGCUACGACUGCCACUACGCAGAGUUCCUCCACAGAUGCCACUAUUAAACCUGUCUUCAGCUUUGGACUCAACUCCCCCGCCUCCACCGGCCCCACUGCCAGCCUGACCGUCUCCGCUGCCACGUCCACCAGCACGUCUCAGCCCUUCCUGUUCGGGGGCCCAGCCAGCUCAGCUCCCAGCACAGAAACCAGCUUUGCCACCCCAGGGCCUGUGUUCCAGUUCGGAAAGCCACCUCCAGCCACGGUCACUGCCACCACCAGUGUCCCAGGAGGCCCUGCCUUUGGCCAAGCACCUUCAAACUCAACAGCUCCUACCACCACUGUGGGCUUUAGCAUAUUUGGGGGCAGCACGCUGACCUCUUCUACCCCAGCCACCACAGGUCAAGCAACGUUGACGUUCGGCUCGUCUGUUUCAGCUUUUGGCAGUUCCUUCAGCACAAAUGCGAAGCCGCCACCACUGUAUCCCGGUGCAGCGAGUCAACCCACCUUCAGUGCUGGUGCUGCGGAGAGCCAGCCGCCUGCCAGCAAGCCCGCUGCUGGCCCCGUCACCUUUGGCCCCCCGUUCAGUUUUGGAACCCCUGCGGCCCAGUCCACUGCUCAGCCGACAUUCGGCAGUGGUGCUCAGCCAGCCUUUGGCACAACCAGUGCCCAGGGUUCCUUCGGCACCAGCAGCGCUCAGGUGGCGUUUGGAACUGCCACGUCGGUCUUCUCUUUUGGGACAGCCACCUCCACCACCGCCAGCUUUGGUUCCACCACGCAGACCACGAGCAGCAGCACUGGCACCGCUGUCUUUGGCACCACCCCUUCCCCUUUCACCUUUGGGGCAACUGCCCAGCCGGGCCCCUCAGCCAGCGCCUUUGGCAUCAGCACGCCCACCCUGAGCAGUGGCUCCCCCGCCGUGGGGUUCAGCUUCGGGGCUGGGCAGAGCGGGGCAGCCCCGGCAGCAACGCCGUUCGGCUCUUCCCUGACGCAGAGCGCGCUGGGUGCGCAGAAUCAGAGCACGCCCUUCGCCUUCACUGUGCCCAGCACACCUAACAACAAGCCUGUGUUCGGAGGAACUCCUGCGCCCGCCUUUGGGCAAAGCACACCCAUGCCAGGAGCAGUGGGGAGUGGAAGCAGUAGCCUUUCCUUCGGGACGCCCAGCGCUCCUGCCUCGGGCUUCGGAGGAGUCAGCGCUUCCUUUGGUUCAUCCACCCCAGCCUUUUCCAUCGGAGCAGGAUCCAAGACAGGCGCUCGCCAGCGGCUGCAGGCACGGAGACAGCACACCCGCAAAAAGUAACCUCUGGUGCUGCUGGGCCCCCGCCGCCGGCCUGCAUGAGGAGCCCCUGCACUCACAUGGGGGGCUCCAGUCUAGAGUGGUCCCUGUGGCAGGACCAGUGGUGAUGGGGCCAGGCUCCCAGUCUCUGAUGCCAGCCAGAGACCAUGCUGGGUGGCAGUGGCUGGGGUGGGACAGGAUAAACCAAAUUCUUCUUACUUGAACAGUUUCACAGCCAAGGCUGGAUGAACCUCUGUACAUAUCUGCAGCGUUUCCUCCCUCACUUUAUUUUGCCAUGUUUCAUAACGUGUAAAUUUUUCCCCAUUUGCUUCUUCUAGCUGUUCCCAUGCUUUCCUCCCCCGCCCCCCAACAGUCAGCCCCCUCCCCUGUGGCAUAGCAGCCGGCAGAGCUGCAUGUCUCCGCUCGGAGCCUGGCUGGAGACAUGCUGCGUUCCUGCUGGCUGCCGUUCCAGGCUGCUGAGGGAUGCUGUCUUCACCAGGUCCUGAAAUCUUUCCCCAUUGUUUCAUCCCAUGGACUGGUGAAUACACUCCCUCUGGCUUCAUUGCCGUCCCUGCAGAACACGAGCCGGGGUUAGUGCCAGCCAGGCCUGGGCGUCUCAGUGCCAUGGGCAACUGACCCAGCUGCAGCUGGGUGACGACCCCCUCGCUGUGACUUACAUCUCCCAUCAGACGUCCAGCCGAGGACCCGCCGUAGCCUGGGACCUCGGCUGGAGGCAUGGUUUGGGGAUGGGGGUCCCUCCACCCAUCUCCCGGCUGCCGAGCAGCCCUGCCAGGCUGAGGACUCCCCCCACCCUGCUCGUGUAAAGCCCCCUGUGUUUUGCUUUAUUCGUGCUCCCGUUUCAAUGCGCUCAUUGAAUCGAGUUUGGAGGAAGAACUGAACCGUGUGUGUGGCGGCAUGUUGGUUAUGCCGGAUUUGCUGUUUGGAGUUUAUUUUUUUUGUGGGGCACCUGUCCCUUUGCGGGGGACGCGCCCUAGCUAAUUGGGUGUUGACAGUAGCAUCACUGCGUGGCUGCUCGUGCUGGGGGAGUUGUCCCUUCGUUGUCGUGACUGAAAGGCAGGCAGCAGGGGUGGGGCGAUGGGGCCUGGACCCCCAGGCAUGGGGGCCCCAGCCCUGGCAGUCUCUCCCUUCCCUUCCCCUCUCUCUUGGUGCCCCUUCCCCACCUUGGGGUGCUCUGGAGCCGCUAAUGGAAGGAGUCCAGAGCGGAUGGGUUUCCACCCCCUCCCCAAAUCCAAAUUAUUUUUCAUUUUUAGCUCAUACCCCUCCUUUUGGGUUUUACCAGCUCCUAGGAGCUACGGUGCUGCCUCCCUUGUUCCCAUCAAGCCAGGAGCGGGGCCCUUCCCCUGCCUGGGAGGUCCUAUGGGAAGAGACUGCCAGAGUCAGGGGUCACCCAAGAGCUGCCCCCCACUCUGUCCUGGGCGAGGGAUGGGCACCCCUGCCCAUGGGCUCCCCACCACUUCCAGGAGUGCUUUGCUGCCGGGUUUUUUACUCUCCGAGCCGUGUGAGUGUGUGUGUCUGCUGAAGUCUAAAUUAAAAAAAGAAAAAAGAAAAAAAAAAAUUGCAAACAAAUAUUUAAACGUUUUUUAACAAAAUAAAAAUUUAUUUUUAUAUUUAAGCUGAAUUGCCUUUGAAUUCCUUCAAGCUUGGUUCAGUGAGGUUGCCAGACCCCGCAGUGCUGUUGGUAGUGUUUAGCUGUGCCGUUGCAGCCUGGUGAGGAGCUGGCCCAUGCCCUGGCUCUGCCCACAGGAGCUAGCUGUGCCGGGGAAAGGCAGCUAUAUCCCGUGGGCUCUGCCGCUGUGUGCUCCUCCUGGUCUGUAACAACAUCUCCUUAAUUUUAAAAUGUGAUGUAUGUGGAUGUGACUAAACUUUUGUUUUUUUG